AACGCGAUGCCGCGUACAACGUGUGUUGUGUACUUCCACCUUAAUUCUGCUGCCAAAGAUAACCUCAAAAAUUUUUUAAACAUUUCUGGUAGACCCACGAGACAAAAAUUUUGUCCUCCGAUCGUUUUAUAUAAUGUUAAUGUAAAGAAAUUAGUUGACCAUUUAAACGACAGAAAACUCAAGGUCGUUUACAAAAUUGUCAACUCGUCCAAGAGCAAGAGUAAGAUAUACUUUGAAAAUCUUUCUGCGCACUUGGAAAUGAUGGAAAUUCUAAGGGCACAGAAUAUUAAAUCGUAUUCAUUUAAUCCUCCAGAAUUAAGCAGAGUAUCAGUAGUCUUACGAGGCUUAUAUCAUUUGAGAGUGGUGUCUGAAAUUAAAAGUGCUCUUGAUGUGGAAUUACCAAAUACACUCGAUAAGUGAAACUCCACCGAUGAAAAAUAUAAAAUAACGAUAAACAUGAUAAAAAAUGAGCAGCGCACUUGUUACAUAUGUAAAAAUAAAAAAUAACAAUAACAACUAUGGCAACAUCAGCAGCAGUAAAAACAAAAACAGAGAAAACUACAUUAAAAAGCACACAGUAUAUGUGUGUAUCUGAAUGUAUUUGUUUUUUUGCAAAUUCUACACCCAACUCUAAAAGGAUGUUAAACAGAUUCCAUUUCCGUUUGUUAUCAACGCACUUACUACGUACACAGAAGACAACGACAUGUUUACAAUUUUUUUAUAUUUUCUACAACACAGUAUGUUUGUAUCUAAGUGAAUAAAAGUUGAAUGUUUGUUUAGCUUGA